UCAUAAGAAGUUGCCACGAAAGCAGCUGAAGCCGGGCAGAGCAGCAGGAUGAGGACGUUUCUGAGCUGCGCCCUGUGCCUCCUGGUCUCCUCACAGGUCGGGUUCUGCUCCUUUUGGACCGCCUCGGAUGAGCCGGACCCAGAGGUGAAGAUAGAAGUUCUGUUCAAGCCCGAGGAGUGCACCAGAAAGAGCAAGAAGGGAGAUCUGAUUAACGCUCACUACGACGGCUUUCUGGCCGAGGAUGGUUCCCAGUUUUACUGCAGUCGGACGGACAAGGCCGGGCACCCGCAGUGGUUCGUGUUGGGGGUGGGACAAAUCAUCCGAGGCCUGGACGUGGGGAUGAUGGACAUGUGUCCCGGAGAGAAGAGGAAGGUCACCGUCCCGUCAGAGCUGGCCUUUGGUGAAAAGGGCAAAGGUCCGGUGCCGCCCAACGCCACCGUGGUGUUCGAGGUGGAGGUUCUGUCCGUGUCCCGCGGACCCCGCAGCAUGGAGGCGUUUGGACACAUAGACCUGGACCAAGACAGGAGUCUGACCAGGGACGAGGUGAAGGAGUACCUGAAGCUGGAGUACGAGAAGGGCGGGAAGCCGCGCGACGACCCGUUCUACGACAAGAUCAUYGCCGACAUUUUCCGCAAGAGCGACUUUGACCGAGACGGAGUGAUYAGCGCCAAGGAGUACAAUAUUUAUGAUCACGACGAGCUGUAAUCCCACGCUUAGGCUUUUAUAAAAUAAAAAUAAAAACAGAAACUCA